AUGCAUUUCGGGCCUCAGAGGCUCACCAUUGAAAUAAGCUUUUAUGUGUGUGUCUGGUUCAGUGCCCGUCCCUCUGCCCCCACUACAAAGAGGCCAAUCAAACUUUCUUGCAGAUUCACAUUGCACUUAGUAUUUGGGUCUCUUGCAUCGGCCGCCACCUACCACCCAAGAACCAUGCGACUCUUCCUGCUGGUUCUGCCUGUCUUUGCGUUUCUAUCUCAAGUGACUCCAGCCUAUCGUGGUAAAAGAGAAUGUUGGGGCAAAGCGGGACAAUGCCGGAGACGUUGCGAAGACUCAGAAAUGACACGAGGCAAGUGUAAAAAUCAUCAAGCAUGCUGUGUCCCUGUAAAUAAAGACCAUGAGCCACAAGCUGAGAGGAAGACCAAGAACACGAUUCCUGCAUCGUCAUCUUUCCCGGAUCACACCACCACCACCACCACGAUAUCAAUGCCCACCAUGAACCCCUCGAACCUAGAGGACGAGGAUGUGAAUGAAACCCAGUAUCCCUUCUCAUACUUCAGCACCUCCUCUCAGACAUCACUCAAGUUCACAGAGCAAAGGACUGACUCAGAUCAAGUGAUGAGGCUCCCUCCCCGUCCCCACCAACAUGAGCUUCUAGAUAACAACAAACACAACUACACAGAACCCCUCCCCAUCCCCACCAAUAUGAGAUACAACAACACGACAACAAACAACUACACAGAACCCCUCCCCAUCCCCACCAAUAUGAUAUAACACAACAACAAACAUAGCUGCACAGUUCUGAAGUAAAUUAAACAUGCACUAUUGCAAACAUUUUUAAAGGAUGGAAGGAAUGUAAGGAAAAGCACUAUUAUAUUAGAAUAGUAUCUGUGAGCUACAUACCUAUUCUGUUUAUAUUAAUCUCAAAAAUAUUUUCUAAAAAGCUGCACAGAGAAUCUAAAUUUUCCCUGUUUCUAAUGAUAAACUCUUUGGUAUUCUUCUUGAAACAGCUAAUUACUUCCAUGACAAGUGCUGAUGCAUUUUUAAUAUUCCUUCUUUGCCAGUAAGCUCAGCAGCCUUCAUGCCUUACAUAAGGAUUCCUACAUUGAUGUUUCUAAGUGUUGUUCUGACUUUCCAGCAAGUAAUUUAGGGAUACUAGAGGCAUCCCUUGUAGGGAACCUGCCUCUUGAGAGCAGCACAAGUUGUCCAUAUCAAACCUCUAAAUCCAGGGAGGCCACUUGGUCUCGCAAUUAGGAUGUUGGCUAAGACACCUACAUCCCAGAUCAGACUACCUAGUUUCAAUACCCAGUUCCAGCUCCAGGCAUCCGCUCUUGCUUCUGACUCCAGUUUCCUGCUGAUGAAGACUCUGGGAGGCAAAAGUGAAGGUGCAAGUCCUUAGACUCCUGCCAGCCACAUAGAGACCCAGAUGGAAUUUCCAGUGUUUGGCUUAGAUCAACCCCAGUUCUUGCAAGCAUUUGGGGCCUGAGAAACAGAUCAUU